AUGGGACCAUCCUCCGGCAUCCUGAUUCAAGAGACACCAGGGUUCAUCUUGACAGAGAAGAGGAUCCUGACCCGACGUGUGUUCGUCAGCUUGGACCCCAAGAUUUCCAUCGAGAAGGCAUACAACAUUUCAUCGAUGCAGCUUCCUGAGUUACAGACUUGGUACCAGAUGCACCUCCAAGAGCACAGGACCGUGUGCGAAACAUCUUGGAGCAAGCCCGGAAACCAUUUGUAUCCAGUUCUAUUCCGAUGA